CAGGGCGAGCCGGCGGGAGGCUGCGGCGGCUGCGGCGGAAGUUUGCUUCGGACCUGAGUUUUUGGUCGGCGAGGAUGGCUUCCAAAAGGAGAAUUUUGAGCUUUACUGAAAGGCAUCAAAAAUUAGUAGAUAAAAACUACUGCAAAAAAUUGCAUGUUGAAGCACUAAAAAAGAUAGAGAGUCAAGUCAGGAAUCAAAUUGUGCAGAAUGAAAAUGACAACCGUGUUGAGCACAAGAGAUUUCUCAGGUUAUUACAGGAUGAGCAGUUUGAGUUGGAUAUGGAAGAAGCCAUCCAAAAAUUUUCCCUCCACAGUAUUGAACUCAGAGAAUUGGAGAAGAAAUUAAGAGCAGCUUACAUGAAUAAGGAGAGGGCAGCCCAGAUUGCUGAGAAGGAUGCCAUUAAAUACGAGCAAAUGAAACGUGAUGCUGAAAUAGCCAAAACCAUGAUGGAAGAACAUGAGAGAGUAAUGAAGGAGGAAAAUGCUCUAGAAGACAAGCAAAACAAAGAGAAAGCACAGUAUUCUCUGGACUUGGAGAAACAACUUGAAGACCAAGAGAAAAGAAAGCAGGAAGCGUAUGAGCAGUUGCUGAAAGAAAAACUCAUGAUCGAUGAAAUUGUUAGGAAAAUCUAUGAAGAAGAUCAAUUAGAAAGACAACAAAAGUUAGAAAAAAUGAAUGCAACUCGGAAGUACAUUGAAGAGUUUCAAAAAGAGCAGGCUCUGUGGAGAAAAAAAAAACGUGAGGAGAUGGAAGAAGAAAACAGGAAAAUCCUAGAGUUUGCCAACAUGCAACAGCAAAGAGAAGAAGAAAGGAUGGCAAAACUUCAAGAAAUUGAGGGGAAAAGACUGCAGCUUCAAAAUAUGCUGAUUCAGAAGUUGGAAGAAAUGCUGCGACAGCGUGAAGAUUUGGAACAAGUACGACAAGAAUUAUACCAGGAAGAAGCAACUGAAAUUUAUAAGAGGAAAAUGAAAGAAGAAGCACAAGAGAAAUUGAGAAAACAAAAUGAGAUGAAGCAAGAUUUUGAAGAGCAAAUGGCCUUGAAAGAACUAAUACAACAGGCUGCAAAAGAAGAAGAGGAAAUCUUUAGAAAAACUAUGCUAGCUAAACUUGCUGAAGAUGAUCGGAUAGAAUUAAUGAAUGCUCAGAAACAAAGAAUGAAGCAGCUGGAACACAGAAGAGCCGUGGAAAAACUUAUUGAAGAGCGUCGUAACCAGUUCCUUGCAGACAAGCAACGUGAACUGGAAGAAUGGCAGUUGGAGCAGAAAAGACAAGGGCGUAUCAAUGCAGUUAUUGAAGAAGAAAGGCUAAAACUUAUCAAAGAACAUGCUACAAAAUUAUUAGGCUAUCUCCCUAAAGGAAUAUUUAAAACAGAAGAUGAUGUUGAUAUGCUUGGUGAAGAGUUUAGGAAAAUGUAUGAGAAGAGGAAUAAAAUUUGUGAAGAGAAGUGAUAGCAAGAUUUGGUAAAACCUGGGUUCUUUUGUAUGUAACCACUAGAAUGUCAGUGUAACUUUUGUUUUACAGUUUAAUUACAGUAGGAAUCAAUUGUCUUUAGUUUUCUAAAACAUCACCUUAUUUCAUAAUUUAUAAACAAUUGUCAGAUGAAAAUGUAACAGCUUAAUGUCUUUCACUGCAAAGUGAAUUUCUUUUCAUUGUUGUACUGAUAAUUUGAAUGUCGGAAUUUUUUUUUUUGAAGGUCUGGAUUUUAUAAUAUCGCACCAUAUUAUAACACUCGCUAUAUAAGUAUAGGCUAAAUCCAGGAGGCUAAUUUCUCAGUAUCUGCUUUACUGUUCAGAGAUUUUUCUAUAUCCCUAUCCUCAAGAGAAUGUAUUGAUGUCAACUAA